AAACUAUAUCAAAAACGAUAAAAGUGAAGUUUUCCAAAUCAUUGAACAACACAUAAUGCAGCAUGCACACAAAAACUUUAGUGAUAAAAAUUUCAAUGAUAAAGCCUUCCAAGUGCAUUACCACAUAUUAAUUACCAUUUACACUUCAGCAGAUCAUAGUGAUAAGCAAACCCAUACAAAAGCAAGGGAAGCUCAACAAGAAAAUAAUUAGCAAGCAAGUGCAUAGUAACUGCACUGCAGCCUCGUAACACUGUAACACUGCCAGCUAUAAACUGCAUUAAUAUGCAUAGCAAUACUGCAAGCUUUGUGUAGUAUAUGUGCCAGGUUUACGUCAUUAAGCACGUUUUUUGAUUAACAAAUUUGGCAUGAGGAGACUAUAGUCAUGACAACAUAGAUAUAACGUCAUUAUAAUUUAUAAUCUAUGAUGACAACAACCAUAAAUCAACAAGGAGGGCCUUAUAAAGAGUGAGUGCAUGCUAGCAUACUGCUGUUAGAAGCUGCAGAGAAAAAGAUAAUGAAUACUAUCAGUGUGCAAGUUAAUGGAGCUAGUCUUUACUGUACUAUAAGAGGGAAUGGACCCCAUCCUGUACUCCUCAUUCCUGGGGCAGCAGCACCAAGCCACUGGUCAUUCUCCUCACAGUUGGAGCACUUAGGUAGAACUGGGAGUCAAUUCACAGCCAUUGCCUAUGAUCCAAGAGGAUAUGGAUACUCACACAAGGCACCUAGGACCUUCUCUGUUGCAGUACCAGAGCAUCAUCUAAAGACUGAUGCAAGAGAUGCACAUGAGCUAAUGAUAUCACUGGGAUACAGCAAGUAUUCAGUCCUUGGUUGGUGUGAUGGAGGGAUAACAGCUAUUCAUAUUGCUGCUCUCUUCCCUGAAGCAGUCAACGGGAUCAUACUCUGGGGCAGCAAGGGAUACCUCGACAAAUCUGAUAUCGAAAAGGUAGAGAGUAUCAGAGACGUUAGAAAAUUCAAUCCAAAGUUCAAGAAAGCUUUUGAAGAAGUCUACGGUAGCGAGGCAGCAUUACAAGGAUUGUGGGAUAAGUAUACUGACUCGGUUUCUGCUACUUAUUAUUAUCAUGCUCGAGAGAACAGCGGGGAAUGGUGCGAUGAGGAAAUGAAGAAAGUGAGCUGCAAAGCACUGAUAUUUCAUGGAGCAAAGGACAGCUUCACUGCACUGUCUCAUGCUAGAUACAUCAAUGAGUGCAUUGAAGACAGCGAACUCUGCAUAAUCCAAGAAGGGAAGCAUCAACUACCAGACUCCUUACAAAUAAACUCUAUCAUUGAGAAAUUCUUUAAUGAAUGCUAAAGAUACUUCCUUCACAUAUUUUUUAUACCAGGCAUGCACAUACUGAUGUACUUAUAAUUUUACUGCACUUUCAGCAUUUAAUGCAAUUUCUGCAUUUACUGUACUUUCAACAUUUCGUGUUUAUUGUACAUUUUAUACAAAAGAAUUGUUGAAUUUGAAGCUAAAA